AUGUCUGAUAUAACCACAAACCUGACAGAGCUGGUAUACACUACAUCAACAUCAUUAGAUAUUGAACUCACUUCAAAUAUUCAAUCAGAUAUCGGAUGGUUCUCUCUCUCCUUCACCUUCAUGAUAACUUAUGUUUCUUUUGCUGCAUCAAGUAAUAAUAUGGUAGCUAAUCGAGGUCAUUUAGCUCGUGCUGGUGUUAUUGGUGUUCUCCUAGCUAUCCUUGCUGCUUUUGGAACUUGUGCUGUUGGUAUAGACUUUGUAAAUAUUGUUGGUGUGAUGCCUUUUCUUGUAUUGGGUGUUGGAGUAGACACAAUGUUUGUAGUGAUGUCAGAAUGGGCAGAACAUUAUGAUGAAACUUCUGUAGAAGAUCAAAUGGGUGCAACAUUGGAGAAAUGUGGUGGAUCUAUUAGUAUAGCAUCUUUAACUGAUAUCAUAGCUUUUCUUAUUGGUGUUACUUCACAAUUUAUAAGUAUUAGAAACUUCUGCGCUUAUACAGCGGUUGCUUUGUUCUUCAGUUUUCUGUGGGAUUUGACAUUUUUCAUGGGAUGCUUGGCUGUACAUGGCCAAAGAGUACGGGCCCGUCGUUGCUGCAUGACUUGCUUAGUGGUACCAGACAGAUUUAGAAAAUGGAAAUCACCCGAGAGACGUGAAGAAGAUGAAAGUUUGUGUGAAAAAGUCCCUCAAUUGCUUUUGAAGAUAUCGAUGUCGGAUGCUGCUGUUUUGACUGUUAAGAUUGUUAUUAUUUUGUUGUUUACGGGAUAUGUGGGUGCUUCUGUUUGGGGUAUUUAUAACUUACAACAGGGUCUGGUACUGAACAAUUUGGUGAAUGAUCAAUCUUAUUUUAGGCUGUUUGAAGACUGGAAUCGAGAAUAUUAUAAAACUGUUUUACCCAUCUCGCUGGUAUUUCAAGAUUUAGAUUUUUCAAAGGACAGAGAUGUUAAUGCUAUGUAUGAAGUAUUUGAUACUUUCCAAACAGAUUCCCAUAUAACCAACAAUUCUCUGAUUUGUUGGUACGAGGAGUUCAAGAAGAGCAUGCUAUUCAACGACACCACUCAUGAAGUAUUUGUCACAAACUUAAAAGAUUUUAUGUUUUAUGCGCCUUCCUUGUCAAAUGAUGUUACUUUCACCUCUGAUGGUUCUGAUAUUCUUGCAUCAAGAUGUCAUUUUAUAACUGGGGACAUCCCUGAUUCCACAGACCAGGGCAAUCUUAUGUUACACGUUCGAGAACUGGCAGCAGAAUCAGACUUAAAUGUAUUCCCGUACAGUGCUCCGUUUAUAUAUUUUGAACAAUAUGUAAUGGUGUUACCAAGUACCCUACAGACAAUGGGUAUUGCAGUAGCUUGUAUGUUUGUUAUUACUAUUUUGUUUAUGCCCCACCCUAUCAUGGUAACACUGGUCACUCUUAAUAUGUUCAGUAUCUUGGCAGGAAUUUUAGGUUUCCUUUACUACUGGGAUUUAUCAUUAAGUUCUAUCACUAUGAUACAUUUAAUCAUGAGUGUGGGAUUUUCUGUAGAUUUCAGUGUGCAUGUUUGUCAUGGUUUCAUUUCCUCGGAAUCAGAAACCAGAAAUCAGAAAGCUCGUGACGCCAUAAGGGUUGCAGCAGCUCCUAUUUUAAACGGUGGCAUCACAUCCUUGUUGGGUAUAUGUAUGUUAGUUGGUUCCGAAUCUUACAUCUUCAGGUCCUUUUUCAAAAUUAUGGUUUUGGUAAUCAUUUUCGGAUUAGCCCAUUCUAUGUUGCUUUUACCAGUGAUUUUAUCACUUGUUGGUCCCAAGCUAGGACAGGCAGACGAAAAAACUACUGAUUUCAUUAAAUCUGUUCCACCAACUAUUCAAAACGGUCACUCAAAAAUGCCAUCUGAAGAUAAAAAUACGUAUUACCUUAACCAUGCUUAUGAUAAUUAA